AUGUAUCAAUUUGUAGAUAUGUUCAAAAAUUAUUUCAAAAUUUUCGCCAUCAGGAAAAAAGUCAAAAUGUCGGACAAGCCGAAGCGUCCCAUGUCAGCUUACAUGCUAUGGCUAAACAGCGCAAGAGAACAAAUCAAAUCCGAUAACCCAGGCUUGAAAGUCACCGAGAUCGCUAAAAAAGGCGGUGAAAUUUGGAGGGCUAUGAAAGACAAGAGUGAAUGGGAAGAAAAAGCAGCCCAAGCAAAAGAACAAUAUACUAAAGACUUAGAAUCAUAUAACGCGAAUGGCGGUGGCGGUGAAGGUGGUGGUGGUGGCAAGAAGCAGGCAACAAAGAGAGGCAAGAAGGCAAAGAAGGCAUCACCUAAGGCUAAGAAGAAGAAGGAAGAGUCUGAGGAAGAAGAUGGUGACGACGAUGAUGAGGAAAGCGAAUGA